GCAGCUUUACAAGAGGAGUACCUCCGCCGGAGGAAGAUGAACACGUACGAGGAGCGCCGGAAAGAAGGGCGGACCAUCCACACAAAGGCAUCGCGCACUGCGCUAGUCGUUGCCUCCUUGAGCCUGAUAUUUGGUCUCAUGGCCAUUGUCCUCCCGAACUGGCGCUCCAGCUGGGUCGGCCUGAUUGGAUACGGUACCCGAAGGAACUGGGGGCUGCUCUAUGUCCAAGGGCGACAUACAACUUUCCACCACGACAUGUACGACAAAAACUGCAAGUGGUAUGGUCAUCUGAUGCUGGGCAACUCUUGUCUUUCACCAAUCUGCAGAUGGUAUUUGCUGAAAUGCAACGUUUACUUCGAGCUGUGCAUGUACAGCUACUGUGCUGCUCUGACCAUCAUCUUCGGAACAUUGGUGCAGAUGUUGUGCCUGUACUGGACUGUUGCUUUGUCGCCUCGGACGUUGCGAUGGGCGGCAAACUGGUAUCCAAUUGCUGCGCUGCUCAUCAUCUCCGGCACAGUCUUCUGGGUGAUCAUGACGGAGGGCCUUUUCGACCAGCUGAACGAAGAGUCCUGGUAUCCUGUUCCACCACCUGGGCCUGGCGCUUGCAAUGA